AUGUCAACUACUUCGUCAGACGAGCCAAAGGCACCUUACCCAGAGGAGCAAGAAGGCCUUGGACGGCAAGAAUUGCCUUUAGCUGAGGAUGAACUGGAGCCUGCGCCUGAUGGUGGUCUCAGAGCAUGGCUCGUCGCCCUAGGAGCCGGUUCCAUAUUUUUCUGCUGCAUGGGCUUUUCCAAUACUUUCGGCACCUUUACUCAAUAUUACUUGACACACCAACUUAGCGAUCGGUCUCCGGAUGAUGUCGCCUGGAUUGGUUCCUUGUCUGCAUUUCUGCAGUUCUUUGUGGGAAUGGUUGGAGGUCCUAUGUUUGACCGUUAUGGCACAAAGGUUCUUCACCCGGCGGCUGUCGUGUACAUCUUCGGCGUCAUGAUGUUGAGUCUAUGCAAGACAUACUGGCAAAUCAUGCUUGUGCAAGGUGUGCUCAUGGGCGGUACCAUGGGUUUUCUGCAAUUUCCAGCCAUGGCCAGCGUAUCGCAGUACUUCGAUAAGAAGAGAGCUGCUGCUUUCGGAGUGGCGAUAUCCGGCUCUUCUGUCGGCGGCAUUAUUAUGCCCAUUGCUGUGUCCAAGAUGCUCAACAGUAGCUCUCUGGGCUUUGGAUGGACAGUGAGGAUCAUGGGAUUUCUCAUGCUACCCUUCAUGGCAUUUGCUCUUGUUGUCGUUAAGCCUCGUCUGCCACCGUGGACGACUUCAUUCUGGAUCCCUUCAGCGUUCCGCGACGGAAAAUAUGACUUUAUCAUCCUCUCCACGUUUUUCGUCUUCAUUGGCAUGUUUAUGCCUAUAAUCUUCCUUCCGACAUAUGCCGUAACAAGAGGCAUGGACCCAACGCUUGCAGGCUACUUACCCGCCAUCCUCAACGGCGCAUCUACUUUUGGUCGUAUUAUCCCGGGUGUGCUGGCGGACAAGUACGGGAGGCUGAACACGUAUGCCCUCGGAUCCGUCAUCACCAGUAUCGUCAUUUUCUGUAUGAAUUCGACAAUGAAUAAUGCAGCAAUAAUCGUAUACGCUGCGGUGUUUGGCUUUACUUCUGGAACAAUUAUAUCUGGAGCGACGGUGUCCAUCACGGGAUGUGCCAGUGACCCACGCAAUGUCGGUACCUAUACCGGCAUGGGGUUGGCUCUGGGAGCUGUUGGAGCAUUGAUAGGGCCUCCCAUCGACGGUGCCUUCGUGAAGCACUAUGUUGGAUUCUUUGAGGCAACCAUGUUUAGCGGAGCCAUGUGCCUCUUCGGCGGCUUUGUUGUCCUUCUGGCCAAAUAUGCAUCUCCUCAGGGUCUUUUCAGUAAAUCGUGA